UUUACCCCAAUACACUCAUUAAGCCGGCGACGAGCGAAUAACGAAAACACACCUACAUAGUAUUACACAAGACAGUCUUAUCAGAUCUAUCAAACGAGCGAGAAAACAAGACUUUGCUUCACUCGCCAUGAACAUGGCGAUUAGGGUUUCUAUAAUCUCUCUAUUUAUUCUAUCAAUUCUAAUCCCAACCUUCUCUCUUUACGAAGAUCAAGUCGGCCUUAUGGACUGGCAUCAACAGUAUAUAGGGAAAGUGAAGGAUGCAGUAUUUCACACGCAAAAGACUGGUAGAAAACGGGUUGUUGUUUCCACUGAAGAGAAUGUUAUUGCUUCUCUUGAUCUUCGCCACGGCGACAUCUUUUGGAGGCAUGUACUUGGCACCAAUGAUGUUGUUGAUGGAAUUGAUAUUGCCAUGGGGAAAUAUGUUAUUACCCUUUCAUCAGAGGGAAGUAUUUUAAGAGCAUGGAACCUUCCUGAUGGACAAAUGGUGUGGGAAUCCUUUCUUCAGGGCCCAAAUCAUUCAAAGUCACUAUUAUUGGUGCCGGAAAGCUUGAAAGUUGAUAAGGACAAUGUUAUUUUUGUGUUCGGUCAAGGAUGUCUUCAUGCUAUUUCAAGCAAACAUGGCGAGGUUCUUUGGAAGAAGGAUUUUGCUGCUGAAAGUUUUGAGGUUCAGAAAGUGAUUCAGCCCCUUGGCAGUGAUAUUAUAUAUGUGGUAGGAUUUGUUGGUUCUUCACAGUUUGAAUUAUAUCUACUCAAUGCAAAGAAUGGAGAGCUACUGAAGCAUGAACGUACAGAAAUUUCUGGUGGUUUUUCAGGAGAAGUUUCUUUAGUUUCAACUAACACACUUGUGAUGAUGGAUUCUUCUGGGUCAACUUUGAUAACAGUAAAUUUUCCAGAUGGGAAAAUUAGCUUUCAGAAAACAUACAUAUCAGAGCUUAUAGAGGACUCUGUUGGAGUGGCAACAAUAGUGCCUUCAAAAAUUGGUCCGAUGUUUGCACUGAAAACCAAAACAUCUAUGAUGUUUAUAAGUGUGUCAGAGGAAGGUGCAUUGAAGGUGGUGUAUAAAGUCAAUCAUGUGACAGCUAUUAGUGAUGCUCUUCCAUUAUCAGAGGACCAACAAGCUGUUGCAUUGGUCGAACACCAUGGGAAUGAUAUUUACCUUAGCGUGAAGGUUGGUCACAGCUGGAAUAAUGAUUUGAUUAAGGAGAGUAUUACGAUGGACCAGCAUAGAGGGAUGGUCCAUAAGGUUUUUAUAAACAAUUAUGUGCGGACAGAUAGGACGCAUGGGUUUAGAGCUUUGAUUGUUAUGGAAGAUCAUUCACUAUUGCUCCUACAACAAGGUGCGAUUGUGUGGAGUAGGGAAGACAGCCUUGCAUCAGUAAUAGAUGUAACAACGUCUGAACUUCCUGUGGAAAAGCAAGGUGUAUCAGUAGCAAAAGUGGAACAAAACCUUUUUGAAUGGCUUAAGGGACACAUUCUGAAGCUCAAAAGCACUUUAAUGCUUGCAAGCCCUGAGGAUGUAGUGGCCAUGCAAGCCAUGAGGUUGAAAAGCUCCGAGAAGAGCAAGAUGACCAGAGACCAUAAUGGGUUUAGGAAACUUCUAAUUAUUCUUACAAAAUCUGGAAAGAUUUUUGCCUUGCACACUGGAGAUGGACGGAUUGUGUGGUCUGUCUUCCUAAGCUCGCUUCGUAAAUUAGAAGCAUGUGAAUACCCAAUUGGGCUUAAUAUGUAUCAGUGGAAAAUUCCUCAUCACCAUGCAAUGGAUGAGAAUCCAUUGGUGCUGGUGGUUGGCAGGUGUAAACCAAGUUCUCAUGCACUAGGUGUACUUUCUUUUGUUGAUACUUACACUGGGAAGGAGCUGAGUUCUUCCGACCUUGUUCAUCCUAUUGUGCAAGUGGUUCCACUACCUUUUACUGAUUCAACCGAACAAAGGCUACAUCUACUAAUAGAUGCUCACCAACAAGCACAUUUAUAUCCCCAAACCCCCGAGGCUGUCGGUAUUUUUCAGCGUGAGUUUUCAAACAUUUUCUGGUAUUCAGUUGAGGCUGAGAACGGCAUUAUCAGGGGACAUGCAUUGAAGGGAAAUUGUAUUGAUGAAACGCCAAACGAGUAUUGCUUCGAGACCAGGGGUAUUUGGUCUAUUUUAUUCCCUUUGGAGUUGGAGAAGAUCAUGACAGCUGUGACAAGAAAGUCAAAUGAGGUUGUUCAUACUCAAGCAAAGGUUAUAGCAGAUGAAGAUGUUAUGUACAAAUAUAUAUCAAAAAAUUUACUAUUUGUGGCGACUGUUGCACCAAAAGCUGUUGCUGGCAUUGGAUCAGCUACUCCCGAGGAGUCAUGGUUGAUUGCAUAUCUUAUUGAUACAGUCACUGGUCGCAUAUUGCAUCGUGUUACUCAUCAUGGCUCACAUGGCCCGGUCCAUGCAGUUUUCAGUGAAAACUGGGUUAUCUAUCAUUACUUCAAUUUAAGAGCACACAGAUAUGAGAUGUCAGUCAUUGAAAUAUACGAUCAAUCUCGGGCGGACAACAAAGAUGUUUUGAAGCUUGUUUUUGGAAAGCAUAAUCUCACUUCUCCAGUCUCUUCCUACUCUCGACCUGAGAUCAUAACAAAGUCGCAGUCAUAUUUCUUUGCCCAUUCUAUCAAAGCAAUAGCUGUUACAUCUACAGCAAAGGGUAUAACUUCAAAGCAACUGCUUGUCGGUACGAUUGGUGAUCAGGUUUUGGCACUUGAUAAGCGUUUCAUGGAUCCUCGUCGGUCUCUUAACCCCACACAAGCAGAGAAAGAAGAAGGAAUUUUACCUUUCACAGAUUCUUUGCCAAUUAUGCCUCAGUCCUAUGUUACACACGCCCUUCAAGUAGAGGGUCUGAGAGGAAUCGUAACAGUGCCUGCUAAACUCGAAUCGACCACACUUGUUUUUACAUAUGGUGUCGAUCUGUUUUUGACUCGCCUCGCCCCUUCUAGGACUUAUGAUUCGCUUACAGAAGAUUUUAGCUACGCCUUGUUGCUCCUAACAAUAGUUGCUCUCGUGGUGUCUAUCUUCGUAACAUGGAUUUUAUCAGAGAAGAAAGAAUUACGUGACAAAUGGAGGUGAAUUUAAUGCUUUAGUUUGUGCCAUAACUAUUUUCUUUUUUAGAGAAGGAAUAUAUCAGCUUGAAUUCUGGUGAAAUUAGAUAUAAGGGGAUCCACUCCAAAUUUGUAUUUUUAGUUGAUUUUGUAGCAAUUUUCUUCAUCAUCGCUACAUUAGGAAAACAAAUCCCAAAUUAGUGUUCUCAUAAUGUAAGUUAACAAAAAGGGAACACUUUCUAAAUUAUUUCUGUUCUCAAAA